CGCGCGCCGUACGCGGCGCUGUCCAACAUGGCGGCCAAGGUGGCAAAGCUAGUAGCUGUUUCUUCUGGGCUGCCUUUCAUAUGUAUUACUGUAUAUGCAGCAACAGAAAAGGAAUCCAAAAGUCAGCUGGUGAAGCCAGACAAGCUCCCAAUUUACAGUGCACCCCCUCUGAAGUCAAAGUACAUUGAGGAGCAGCCUGGGCACCUGCAGCAGCAGCUCUCAGCAGUGCGACAGACMACCAGCCGCUAUUUUGGGUGGUGCCAGAGCGCUUACGUCUUUGUUAAAAAUGGAAUMAUGGAUUCAAUUCAGUUUGGAAAAGAUGCUUAUGUUUACCUGAACAACCCUCCCCCAGAUUUUCUUCCCAAAGCCGGUGUAAUUACGCUGUCAGGCUUGGCUGGUAUAGUGCUGGCAAGAAAAGGUUCUGUGUUUAAGAAAAUUGCUUAUCCWUUGGGACUUACUACUGUAGGAUAUUCUGCUUGUUACCCUGCCCAGUCAGUGGUCAUUGCUAAGGUUACAGCGAAAAAGUUACUUUGUGCAAGUCAYGAGACCUAUGAGGCUGUGAGGUCACUGUGGACAGAAACGGAAACUGUCACAAAGCAAGAGUCAAAACCAAUUAAGCAAGAAGAGAAGAAAAAGAAAGGAAUUUCUAAUACCAAAACUGAGUCUGCUGUUGAGUCAAGAUCAUUUAACAGAACAGAAUCUUCUCCAGUAGAGUCUUGGAGUAAUGAAGAUCCAGUGCCUUCAUCAGGAACAAUGAAGAAAACAAAAUUUAAACCUGAUCCAAAACUUAUGGACCACGGUCAGUCCAGCCCAGAAGAUGUGGACAUGUACAGUACCAGAAGCUAAGCCAAGUCUGCUUUAUAAACUGCAAAAUGUUACAGAUAAGGGGGAGGGAAGAAGGGAAGAAAUAAUCUUUACAAUACAUACUCUGUGAGGUACAAUUUAAUCAGAUAUUUUCUUAUCUCCCAAUUUGUAUUACUGACUUACAUGAUUCUCUUUAGUGCUUAUUUUGCUCCUGAUUCCAUAUAAGCAGUGGGAAUUCACUCAUUGUCAGUGUCAUUAGUGAGACACUGAGAAAACAAGAUUUGUCAGUGUCUUCUCCCAAUGAGGUUUCUCUGUGCCAAACUUGCUAAUAAAUGUCACUUCACGAAGGAUAUUUGAAACUGCAAACAUAUCUCUGCUUUGGCUCAGAUGUUCAUUGAUCUGAAAGAAGAAUGUGAAGGAUGGGGUUUGCAGAGGCUUCUUCAUCUUUUAUAUUUUAGCUCUGGAAUGAAGUGCAAGUUCCUUCUGGUCUGAGUACYCUUAAAAUCUCCAUGGUUGUCUCUUAUGAACAGCAUUGGCUUUAAUGCUUAUGUAAAAGUCACUUUUUUGAUUACAGAAUAAUUUGUUACUGUUUGCCUGUUUCACAAAGGUGAAUGGAAACAAGUCCUUGUGGACUUUGGUGUCCUCAAAUGUCACUGACGUUGGGUAAAAACACACAACUGAUCCCUCAAUUGAUGAUCUUUCAAUUAAUGAAAAUAUGGGCCUUGYUAUAAAAUUUAGGGGGAAGCAAGAGAAGCCUUAUGAACAGAUAAUUUGGUUGGAAGGGUAAAGCCUGAAAUGCUGCUGUUCUCAGGACUGGGAUGUGAUGGGAAUAUUUGCUCCUCCUGUCCAGAAGAAGAUAUUUCACAACCUGAUUCCUUUUUCCAAGGCUGAUAAUGCAAAGGCAAAUGACCAGUGRAAUAUGGGCAGACAGAAUUCCUGGUAUCCCUGUGAGAUUAGCAAAGUUGUGAAGAGAUGCUGCAGGAUGGAAUGUGCACAAGGCACAAAUGCUGAAUGMGUAACAGAAGGAAAGCUUUUAGGAUGGUUCAGAAACAAAUUGCCAUUUUAAAAUCCAAAUUUCAGGGUARAUGUUGGUCUUUGUUACACAGAGUCCAGUGCAAGUCAGAAAAUGUUAAGUUUAAAAAGAAGAAUUCUAUUAGUUAAACUUGCCUGGGCAGCUGACAGGAUUUAAUAUGUUGUUUCUUUAAUCAUCUCUUAAAGGCCCAGGCAACUGUCAGAAUUCAGGCAGCAAUCAGAGGAUAUUAAAUCAAUCUUCAGAGAGCUCGUGGACAUGACAAAUUUAGUGUUUCAUCACAGAGAGAGAGGAGUAGAAAAAUUAGAUGGCUGGGCUUCAGAUACCAUUUCCAGGGAAACAGAUGAAGACAUAAGUGAAAAUUGUGAAGAAAUUAUCAUUUUCAAGUGCAUGACUGGAUGCCAGAAAUUGUAUUAUCUGUCUCCCUUUGAUCAUAUUCUGGAUAAAAAACCAAGAAAAACCCAUCUGCUCUACUCCUAAAUUGUUAAAUUCUAACUUUGAGUGAUGUGCUACUGCAGCAAGUCAGCAGGAAAGGUAAGAUGAUGCAGAUUUGCUUGGAUUUUGCAGGAGUUGACUGUGGUGAGAUUUUUCAGGAUAUAGUGAAAGCUGUGCCYAGGAAUUGGUCUCCUGGGAGCAGGAGAGGAGCUGCCUUGGAUUGCUGCUAUUGAAGCAGCACAUCUGCCCUUAGGACACUGACCCUUCUAAAGGCUGCUCUGGGACUUCCCAUGCUUUGAGGGCAUUUCCAGUGAAAUCUGGUGAUACAGGUGGGGGUCUCUGGUCUGCAGAAUGUCUGUUGGCUCCUUGGUUGGGCAGGCAGGAGUCACGUGUUCCAUGCAAGCCCCUUCCAUUGCAGCCCCUGACCUUGUUCAUGCUGUGCAUGGCCCUGGUACACAAAGCYGUCCUGGGGCUGUAUUUCAGUCCCAAAUUACUCCUUAGGGCAACAUUGGGAUAGAACUAAACCUCAGAGUUAAACAUCUUCUGGGACAUAACUGAAAAUGAGUGUUCCUGCCCACUCUGAGUGCACAGGAUGAGGGAUGCAGUUCUGUAGCUGAUAGAAUGGAGUCUCUCUGCUGUGUCAUUUCUUCGUGRUGGGUGAGAGGAGUGAGCAGCACAGGUUUAUUCCAGCUCAGGGUUUGCCAGGURUCUGCCCCACCCCUGGAAGUGUCCAAGGCCAGGUUGGAUGGGGCUUGRAGCAACCUGGGACAGUGRAAGGUGA